AUGCCCGGCCUCAACCCAUGCACAAUGGCUUGGCUAUUUUGAAUAAUCUCGCGGAGGGUAGUCAGCUGCAUCAUCUCGAACUUAGAGUUGAGGUGAGGAAAAAAAAGGAUAUGAAGAGCAGCUCCCGUCGCUCUCUCUUCGAUAUGCUCGCUGGAUUGCAUCAGUGCAUACUUUGGCUUCAAUCUCACCUGACAAUCGUCUGAUCUCGUUGUCUUUACAUCAUCCUUCCAGUGUCGCUCAAUAUGCGUCACUGUUUACUUUCUUUUGCCGGGCUCGCGGUACUUCAAGCGAGUGUUGUGCAAGGGUUGCCUUGGUCAUUACGGUCCCUCUUCGAGCGACAGAACUCGGACCAGGGAACCGAUGUCACAGAUCUAACCUUCAUCAAAAAAUGGGCUGCGAUUGGUGAUUCCUAUGCCGCCGGGAUUGGAGCCGGAUCAAAGUUGUCUGAUUCUGGAAGCUGCGGUCGAUAUGAUAACUCGUAUCCUAUGAUGCUACAGCGAUAUGAUCAGAUGCCAAACCCAGCGCCAAAAAUGGAGUUCUUGGCCUGCUCCGGCGCCACGACGCCAGAAGUUUUGAGUAAGCAAGUAUCGAAGCUCGGGACGGGAUACGACUUGAUCACGCUGAGCACUGGAGGCAACGAUGUCGGCCUCGUGAGUAUACUCAAUCAAUGCAUCUACCAGUGGAACUCCGACAAUGGAAACGGCGGGUGCGAGAAGCAGCUGACCGAGUCCGAGAGGCUGAUUAAAGAUGUGCUGCCUGGGAACUUCGACAAGAUCACUGCCGAGUUGAAGCACAAAGUCGGUUCCGACCGGCGCAUUUAUUGGACCGGGUACGCUAACUUCUUCGACGACUCGACCACCGACUGUGAUAAGGUCUCGUGGGCGUUCUGGUUUAAUCUUGAGCGGAAGCAACAUCUCACGAAGGCGCGUCGUAAGCGCAUGAAUGACUUAGUCAAUGCUGUCAACGACCAGAUUAAGGCUGCCGCCGCUCGUGGAGGAGAUCAGUUUGUGUUUGUUGAUUACAACCAGUACUUCAUCCAGACACAAGGCCGAUUCUGCGAAGGCUCAACGAAGGAGCCCGAUGGUGACCGGGACGGUCUUCUCUUCUUUGAAUGGGAUACAAAGAACGGCCCAACCACGUUGACCCGCCGUGGUGGAAUCCCUGGAUUCGAUGAUGUACUCCCGGGUGACUUUAUCGGCAUUGACAAGCGCCAAGGGAAAUCAACACCGUCUGAAGACUCAUCUGGAUUGCGUGAACAGGUCUUCGGCCUUGUGGAGGCAGGCAAGGCCGCAAACACCAGUCUCUUGGUCUCGCUGCCAGACAAUAGUGCUGCUGACCCGGCCUUUCGCGGACGUAAAACACUCAGUAUCAGCGACCUGAUUUUCGAUACUAUUCUGAGAGUGUUCCACCCGCAGCCCGCGGGUCACGCUAUCAUCACCAGUUUGCUGGUUUGGCAUAUAUCUGAUCAGCAGGCGAAAUCACUUAAAGUAACAUGGGGACCCGAAAAGGGAGGGGACGGAUCCUUGGCUUGUGCGCGGUCGUAGGAAGGCGGGCUAGACGUCGUAUACAUAGAAUAGCAAAUGAGUUUGCCUUUAUCGAAAUUCAUCCUACCAGCAUGUUUGAACACCAGCAGACGUAUGAGGAG